GGAGGUACUUGCAUGGUGGGGGCUCCCUUUUUUUUUAAUGAUGCACGGGGCAGAUAUGGUAUAAAUACCCACAUCAUUGUACUGGAAGGCAGCAUAUCCUCAGUUGUGCUCCCACCCUAAGGAUAUACAGCAGCACCAGAGGCUCACUGGUGCAGAAGAGAUUGUUUCCCCCUUUGGAUGCCGGCUUGACCUUGCAUAAUGGACUUACGAGUUGCUAGCAUCCUGCUCCUGGUGGUGACUUUGACAGCCGCCCAUGGAGAGCGCUAUGUGGUGAAGAAGAUGGUGAAGGCUGCCCCCCAGUACCAGCCCUACUCUGUCAAGAGCCAAGCUGUGGCAGGUGAGCCUGGUCCUCCAGGUGAGCCUGGUCCCGAGGGACCUGUUGGCCCUCCUGGACCCCCAGGUGAAAGUAUUGAAGGUCUGCCUGGACCCCAAGGACCUCCUGGAGCUCCUGGUGCUCCUGGUCGCUCCAUUUCUGGAAAACCCGGAUCCCCUGGUGGACCUGGCAAACCUGGAAACAACGGAGCACCUGGUGAGAGGGGUGACCCUGGACCCUCUGGAGCUCAGGGACCUAGGGGAGCCCCUGGUUCCCCUGGAAGCCCUGGACCUGCCGGCCUCUCUGCCAGUGGCAAGCCUGGACCUUCUGGUCUUCCUGGAGCUAUGGGACCAAGAGGAGAGCCUGGUCUGAAAGGGCAUCCAGGUAUCCCUGGCCUGCCAGGUCAAAAGGGUGAUAGAGGGGUGGGAGCUCCCGGACCUCAGGGUGAGACAGGACCUGAGGGACCUAUGGGUGCACCUGGUGAGCCAGGUGCAUCUGCAGUUGGAAAGCCAGGAAGACAGGGUGCACCUGGUGAGCCAGGAAAGUCAGGUAGCCCAGGUAGAGAUGGUGCCUCUGGCCCAAUGGGACCACAGGGACCUAAGGGACACACUGGUGCUCCAGGUGUAGGUUACGCAGGUAAGCCAGGUGAGAACGGUGCUCCAGGUUUGCCCGGCCCAGUUGGACCUAAAGGCCACCAAGGAAUUGCUGGUGCCACUGGUGCCCCUGGAGUGCCCGGAUAUGGAAAGCCAGGUACAAAUGGACAGAAGGGAGAGAGGGGAGCUACAGGUAGCCCAGGUGCUCCAGGUUCAAAGGGUGAUAUUGGUCAUACUGGAUACACUGGUGCUACAGGUGCAACUGGCCCUACUGGUUCUGCUGGACCACAGGGUGAGAGAGGUUCACCAGGUGAGCCCGGUUCUGUAGGCCCUAAGGGUGACACAGGUGCAACUGGAGCUCAGGGACCUAAGGGAAAUAAGGGAGAUCAGGGAGCACAGGGUUUCCAGGGCAAGCAGGGUUACCCAGGUGCAGCUGGCUCUCCAGGAUCAAGAGGUGCCACUGGUGCCGCCGGAAACAAAGGUGAUGUUGGUGCUCCUGGUAUUCCAGGUUCCCCCGGUAUUCCCGGACCUGCUGGACCCAAAGGUCUUCCAGGUCGCGUAGGUGAACCAGGCUCUCCUGGUUCCGAUGGUUCUUCAGGUGAGAGGGGCCCUGCUGGUCCUCAAGGUCCCGCCGGUACUCCUGGCCACAAAGGACACCCAGGUCUUCCUGGUCCUCCUGGUCCUUCUGGUUUGACUGCUAAGGGUAUCCCUGGACCUCAGGGCCCCCCUGGUCUGCCUGGUGAGCCUGGUUCCAAUGGAGAGGCUGGCCCAGCUGGCCCUCCUGGUCCUCCAGGUCCCCCUGGUGAGGUUAUGUUUGAGAAGGGCAAGGGAUAUAGCGAGGUCAUGGUUAAGGCACCAAUGUCUGCUUUCACAGCAUCUCUGGCCACGCCCUACCCUGCUGCUGGAACCCCUAUUAAAUUUGACCAAAUUGUCUACAACGCUGAGAAUCACUAUGAUCCUGAGUCUGGCAUUUUCACUUGCCAGAUUCCUGGAGUUUACUACUUCUCCUACAGCAUCCAUGUUAAUGGUGCUCAUGCCCUGGUUGCCCUGUACAAGAACGGUCAGCCCGUUAUGUUCACUUAUGAUGAGUACAACAAGGGCUUCCUGGACCAGAUGUCCGGAAGUGCCGUCCUCCUGCUCGACGAGCAAGACACAGUCUACAUCCAGAUCCCUGACGAUGAGGCAAAUGGUGUCUUUGCUGCCGAGAAUGUCCACUGCUCUUUCUCUGGCUUCCUUAUUGCCUCAACGUGAUACGUUGAUACAGUAGUUCCUAAAAGCCAACCAACUAAAUCUGCAAUCUAUUUCUCAAACUAAAGUAAACUCCCUGUUCAUUUUUCCUCAGCCAGAUAGACAGGCAGUUCACCAUUCUUUGAGGAAUAGAAGCAUCUCGACUUGAAAAAAAAAACAAAACAAGAAAAAUAGGUGCUUAGAAGAAGGAAAACUAAUUUAUAAAAAAGGUGAUCAGGGGCGGGGGAAGCAAUCCAAGUUACCAGUGAGCUUUUGUAAUGGCGACAGCAUGUGAAAUUGAGGCGUUAUAACUGAGUUGUGUCCAGACUGUUAUUCUUUUUCCACUCUGUUUCUUUUAUACUGACUUCAACUGGUGAGUCUUAACUCUUAAGUGUUUGUCUGUUUUUUUUUUUUGUUUUUGUGUACAACCUUGUUUUGUUUGGAUUACCAAUUAUCUUAUUAAAAGUACACACAAAUACUUUUCCGUUCAACGUGUUUUAACUGAUGUCCUUGUAUGUGACUUGAAUAUUGUGAAAUGGUAACGGUCAAAUUGACCGUUAUGAUGAAAUUAAAUCACUCGAUACUGUCAUACAAAAACCAAACUGUUUAACAGCAGCAUCAUUAUAUCCCUGAACAUGCAUUAUGUCAUGUAAAGCAUAAUGAUCAAAAUAAAAGAUUUCUUAACAAAA